AUCUUAUCCCUGUGCUGCACUAUCCUCCUAAAAUCCUCUCAUUUGUAGACAGUUCUAUUGUAAGCAAAACCCUCAUUUCCAAAACCCCAUCUUCUUUUCUUCUUUCCAUGUUCUCUUUAUUUCCAUUCAAUCUCAAUCAGAUAUUUCUGGGUUUUUCUCCAUGAGCAUCUGGGUAUAAGUUUCUUGGAAUACAAUCCUGAAAAAAAAUGGAUUUUGUGGUGCCUGCCAAACAUACCCAUGUUGGGUUUUCCCCCUUCAAAUGCAUUCAAAAGGAGAGUGAGGUUGGCGUUAAGGUUAGAUUCUUCUAUGACUUCAAUUUAAGCAGCACUAGUUCCUGUGUGAAUGGAUUUCUCGGUUACAAGGCCUGUUGUUGUUUGUUGUCUUCUGAUGAUGAGAUGAAAAAGCCCGGAAAGUAUCGGAAAAACCAGAGGAACCGGGUUUCGGCUGUCACGAAGGUCGAGACCGCUAGUUCUAACGGUAGAUUAUCGAAUCGCCCCAAAAACCCAGAUGCGCAUUCGAGUAACAGGCAUUUCUCGCGAAGUUUUGAUGAUUUUGAAACUAAUGACCGUCUCCGGCGAUUGGUUAGGAAUGGGGAGUUGGAGGAAGGGUUGAAGUUCUUGGAGAACAUGGUGGGCCAUGGUGCGAUUCCUGAUAUCAUCCCGUGCACGAGCCUAAUUCGUGGGUUUUGUAGAGCUGGCAAGACCAAGAAGGCGACCCGGGUUUUGGAGAUUGUCGAAGAAUCGGGGGCCGUUCCUGAUGUCAUUACGUAUAAUGUUUUAAUCAGCGGGUAUUGCAAAAUGGGCGAGAUUGACAACGCUCUCUUGCUUUUGGACCGAAUGAGUGUCUCUCCAGAUGUUGUGACAUAUAAUACAAUUUUACGUAGUUUAUGUGAUCAGGGGAAGUUGAAGCAGGCGAUGGAAGUUCUCGAUCAUCAGUUGCAGAAAGAGUGUUAUCCUGAUGUCAUUACGUAUACGAUAUUGAUUGAAGCGACCUGUAAGGAGAGUGGAGUUGAGCAGGCGAUGAAGCUUUUGGAUGAGAUGAGGAGUAAGGGAUGUAAACCGGAUGUGGUUACCUACAACGUUCUUAUCAAUGGGAUUUGCAAGGAAGGGAGAUUGGAUGAAGCGAUCAAGUUCUUGAAUAGCAUGCUGUUGUAUGGUUGUCAACCGAAUGUGAUUACCCACAAUAUCAUUCUGCGUAGCAUGUGUAGCACGGGACGGUGGAUGGAUGCGGAGAAACUCUUAGCCGAUAUGGUUCAAAAGGGUUGUUUGCCUAGCGUCGUGACAUUCAACAUCCUUAUCAACUUCUUGUGUAGAAAGGGGUUGUUGGGCCGUGCAAUUGAUGUUUUGGAGAAGAUGCCGCAGCAUGGGUGCAUGCCCAACUCGCUGAGUUACAAUCCGUUGCUUCAUGGGUUUUGCAAGGAGAAGAAGAUGGACCGCGCAAUCGAGUACUUGGAUGUAAUGGUGUCUAGAGGGUGUUAUCCGGACAUUGUGACUUAUAACACCUUGCUUACUGCAUUAUGCAAGGAUGGGAAGGUCGAUAUAGCAGUUGAGAUACUUAAACAGCUCAGCAGCAAAAGUUGCUCACCUGUUUUGAUAACGUAUAAUACGGUAAUUGAUGGGCUUUCGAAGAUAGGGAAUACAGAAAAGGCUGUAGAGCUACUCGAGGAGAUGUUGGGGAAGGGGCUCCACCCAGAUAUAAUCACUUAUUCUUCGUUGGUGGCUGGCCUUAGUCGAGAAGGGAAGGUUGAUGAAGCAAUCAAGUUCUUUCACGAGCUAGAAGAGUUGGGUAUCAGACCCAAUGUUAUCACAUACAAUUCGCUCAUCUUGGGUCUCUGUAAAGCUCGCCAGACGGACCGUGCCAUCGAUUUCUUUGCUUAUAUGGUGUCUAAAGGCUGUAAGCCUACAGAAGCAACCUACACGAUUCUUAUCGAAGGUGUAGCUUAUGAAGGUAUGACAAAGGAGGCUUUGGAGUUGUUGAAUGAGCUGUGCUCGAGAGGGGUCAUGAAGAAAAGCUCCGCACAGCAUGUGGCAGUUAAGAUGUAGGCUAGAGAUGUUUGCUGUCUGGGUGUUUCAGAUGAGCGACUAGUGAUGUAUGCUGGUGGAUUUUGUUGGUUGCCACCUAGGGUCACAAAGUACGGAUUUGAACUAUCUUGUCUGUUGCAUGAGCCUGUAUCUUCAUCGGUUCAUCAUCUGCAGUCCUAACAAGUUAAACUCAAAUUCAAUUUUGAUAAAUAUGAUCUGUGGCAGCUUUUUCUCAACCUCAUUUUGGCAUGAGUUGUAUUGUAAUUCCGAAGAAUUUUUGUGUA